GGACAGUUGUAAAACCGUUGUCGGAGCGGUACCAGCAGAGUACGGAGUGCCGAGCGGAGAACGGCGAUCGUGAAGGACCAGAACCGGAGACCCGGAGACGCUGGUGAAGCAGCUGUGAACAACGCCACUAAAACGGCGAUCGUGAAGGACCAGAACCAGAGAGCCGGAGAGGCUGGUGAAGUGGCCGUGAACCACUAAAACGGAGGAGCCGGAACCAAGAGCUAACGGGGCCGAUAAAGGAUACCGCAGCCGUAAGGAAGGCUGUGAAGAUCGCACAAGGAAUACAGAGCUGAUAAAGGGACUGUUCCUGGGCUGAAGAGCUAACCCGUUAAGCUACGAACGGUGCUAUGGCAGAGCCUCACAGACUGUGACGUUGUGACCUGACGUUGACGGCUGGGGGCAUCGUACUUGUUCUGGUUGCCCUUUCCAGAAGGGAUUAUUUUGCUGAAAGGAUCAGUCAGUAAAAAUCUGGACACCUUUGUUGAGUCUCUAUGAGGAAUCUACAGUAUCAUCAGUCUCACAUCAACAGACAAUCAAUUGACAGUUGAGUGACAACUUAACAACUACUAGUAGACUAUAAAGUGUGUUGUGCAGAUUAUAACCCUCUACAAAAGUGCCUGUUAACUGUAUUAGCAGGGAUUUUUGUUUUUUUUCUGACAUGGAUCACUGAUAAAGAUCCAGUCAGUAAAGUAAACUCUUGGAGAUACUUAAUGAAAUGCAGUUGCACCCAUAUCAAGGAUGGCAUUCAAGGUCUCAGGACGUGUUUGUUCCUUGGUGAUUUCACUGACCAUUGUACUUGCAGUGCUAUCAUGGGAUUAUUGGCUGGAGAGCAUCAGCUCGAGUACUUUCUCAGGAAAUCCCACAGAAAAGGACGUGUUAAAAGGUUCCAAUUCACCGACAAAGGCUGCGACUCCCAUCCCGCUCCCCUCCAGAGGUUUCUUCAAAAGGCUUCCUCACUUUGAUUUCGAGGAGGUUUAUGACAUGGACGCUAAGAGCAAACAGACGACCUGUGCUCAGUCUCUGCGCAACUCUGAGGACCAGGACUUUAAGAAGGCUUUCCUUCCCAACAUAGGAUUGUUUCUGCACAAAGACAGUAUUAACAUGAGCAAGUGGAACCAACUCUCACAUUUUAACAAUCCAUUUGGUUUCAUGAACAUUCGCCACAACGAUGUGAUGCCUGCAGUGAAGUUGAUCCCAAAGCCUAUAGAACCUCUUCUCUCCCCAAAGCCAGGAAGUGGUGGCUGUGUGCGCUGUGCAGUGGUGGGCGGUGCAGGGAUCCUCAAUGGCUCUAAAAUGGGGAAAGAGAUUGAUUCACACGAUUAUGUUUUUCGGAUGAACGGUGCAGUCAUCAAAGGGUAUGAAGAGGACGUAGGGAACAGAACGUCGGUGUACGUUGGUGUCUUACUUACUUCUAGCUCUCGUUUGUACCCAAAUGUUGAAAUGCACGUAGCUUUGGAUAAAAGCAUCUGCUAAAUGACAUGCAAUGUAA